UUAUUUGUAUCUUAUCAUUGACGCCGGCGUCUAAUUACAGCAAAAAUAUCUGAUAGUGUUUAAUACACUUGGAGGUAGCUAUGUGAUGAAGAACAAGGAAGCCAAGUAGGUACCAGAAUCCAGGAUGGUUGAGACGAUAGGAAAUGUUUCCGGGGAAGGGCGCAUCUCCGUUCGUACGGAGGCUGCGGACGGCGAGAAUUCGCGCCAGUCUGGCUCCGACCGCCGUCCGCGUACCACGUGUUACGUGCCAGCUUGUACCGCACCGCGCACGCGCGAUCGCGAUCGUGAACCAAACUAGAAAAAAAAACACAACCACCCACAAAACAGUGACAGUGACGUUUCGGGGGGAGACGGUGACAAUAACACGCUGAAAUAAAAUUAUGCUCAAUUAAAUUUGUCGAUGUAAAAAUUCUAGUGCUGAACUUUAGUGAAGCGAUCGAUCGCCGCAGUGUUGUGAUACCGUGAUGGUGAAGCCUCCUGGUGGUUAGCGCGAUGAUGCGCAAGGAAGGCGUCGGGGCCGCCGGCGGCACGGAGUUCUCGCUGGACGCCGCCGAUUGCAUCAACUUGCAGCAGAUCCUGCAGGCUUUCAACUCGACGAUAAGCGAGGAGCACGCGUGGGCGCUGUUCUACCAGGCCGCGAGGUGUUUCCAGAAAUGUUUGGCGGAGGGCUCCAGCUGCUUCCUGGCGACGGAGCCGAGGCACGUCCUGCUGCAUAAGGAGGGUACCGUGCACCCUAGUACACUGCUGCAUCCAGGAGAUGACAUCACAAGGGAACAAGUAACAUCGGAAACAAAGCUGGUGGUGAACCUGGCGAUCGUGAUCUACCGGGCGCUGGACUACACCCACUCCGAGGAUGAGGAGCGGCUCAUAUCCCCCGACCUGGAGGGGCUUAUCACCGAGAUGACGGGGUGCGAUGAUGGAGAUGAUGAGGAGGAACUUGGCGUCCUGUCCGAAGAGUCUGAGACGUCGGAGUGCGGGCGCGCAGACACCGACGACGAGGGCAUAGAACGGGACGCCGAGCCAGCGCCGCGGCGCAGGCGCAGGCGGCGGAGGUUCACGCUCAAAGAUGUUGUUGAGCGCUGCGUUUGGCACUGCGGCGGCGGCGGCCGAUGCGCACGCGACGCCGCGGCAGCGCAUUACCGCGCCGUCUGCAGAGCCCUGGUGGCCGAAGCCCUGGAGCUAGCCUCCUUCCUCGCCAGGGUGAAAGUGGGGGGCGCCCGGGACAUGGGCGCCGCGGAGGAUUCAGCCACACAUUUGGACACGCUGCAGUUUUCGGAUUGGGCGCGGUUUUGGAUGCAAGUCAUCGGUGAAUUAAGAAUGGGUGUGAAAUUAAAGAAGGUGAACUACUCCAGAACACCAAUAGAAUAUGAACUGACUCCGUAUGAAAUCCUCAUGGAUGACAUUAGGUCAAGAAGGUACACGCUAAGGAAGGUAGAUGGCGCUAUACCUCAAAGUGUUAAGAAAGACGCGCAUGCAAUGAUACUCGAAUUUAUUAGAAGUAGACCUCCACUCAAAAAGGCAUCAGAACGCAAGCUUCCACCGCCCCGGCGGGAGGUGACGCCCCGGGAACAGCUCCUGGCUUCCAUCCAGGUCGGCAGGCAGCUGCGGCCGACACCAUACUCCAGGAGAUUAUCGACUAGCGGUUCAGGCAGCGGGCCGGGCGGGGGUGAGGCGCGGCGCGGGGGUGACGUCACGCCGCAUGCGCAGCCGCAGAGGAGGCUCAUCAAAGUGGACUUCGACAACCUUGAGGACGACGAAGAUGAGGAUGAUACAGAAACCUGUGCCAGUCCAGAGGUCCUCGCGCCCCAGCCGUUCCCAAGGCAUACGGCCCCACAGCCACCCAAACCCUGGAAAAGAACUGCUUACGACCUAGCCACCCAGUGCCCAUCCCGGCGCGCUUCCAUGAGAAGGCACACGGUCACGCACGCAGCCUGCCCACCCACCGAUGGCGCUCAUUCGUUGCCACACUCAAGGCCAGGCUCCCGCGCGUCCUGCGCCGGCGCAGCGUCUCUCGCGAGCAGCGACGCCGACGCCCAACUAGGAGAGCUCUCCUGGUCCAGGAGUUCCUUGCAGGAGGAGCUCAUCAAGUCGGUUAGUGGCAGUCCCAACGGCUCGCAUAAACAAUGGCAGGACGCCAUAAUGUCCGAUGACCGGUUGUCUCUCACCCUGGAGGAGAUUGUCCACAUCAGGUCGGUGCUCACCAAGGCGGAGUUAGAAGUUCUGCCGGUGGAAGGCAGGGUCAAAGAAGACGUGGAGAAGAGACGGGUAUGCUUCCUAUGUUUGAAGACGAGAUUCGGAAUAUUCGGCCCUUGGGGUCAGAAAUGUAAAUUGUGCAAAAAGACUGUCUGUCAAAAGUGUUGUUCAAAGAUGCGCAUUCCGACGGAGCACUUCGCGCACGUGCCAGUCGUGUUGCUGAGCCCGUCGCUGCUGCCGUCGCCGGAGGACGAGGCGCAGUCCUCCUUCCCCAGGAGUCUCAUGUCGAGGCUCGUGUCUCCGGAGCAUACGAGCAUGGUAGAGAACAGCGUGGGCAGCGCGCCGAGCAGCCCGGCGGCGGGCCGGCGCGGCGCUCCCGCUGCGGGCGGGCCGGCGGCGCGCUCGGCGCCCGGCUCGCGCGGCGGCUCGGCGCUGGGCUUCGCGGAGCUCAGCGUGCCGCCCGCCGGCCCGGAGAGCAUGCCUGUCGGCCACUUGGCGACGCCGCCUUCCACGCUCGAUCGGAGAGCGCGCUACGGCCGCAGCGCGACCGGCGCGUCGGCGGCGGAGCGGCUGCGCGGCGUGCAGAUGGCGGUGUGCCACGACUGCAAGGCCAUGGUGCUGCAGAUCAUCAAGUCGUCCCGCGCCGCGCGCUCCGCCUCCCGCGACCGCGCGCUGCGCACUCUGACGCUCGACCUCGCGCCCGUGUACACGGCUGACUGUUAACGUGAUAACUAUAUGUGUCUGGCUGUAAAAUCUGUUGGAAUUAAAUGUACUGGUAAGUGUCGAAUCUUGGAUGAAUAGGUUUUUUUCAUUUUGGUGCUCUAAUGGGUUUAUAACAAGUCGCAGUGCCACUAUUUGAUGUCAUCGCGUACCACGUGCUCUAGACUACACGACGGCGUGCGCUUUAGUGCUAGUUGGCCAUCAGAUUUCUUGAAAUACCUCUUACUUAGUGUCUCAAGAAUGUUUUUUGAUAUUUCGUAGUACUAACAAUACUUACUUAGCCUCUUCGCAAAGAGAGCGGCGCAAAUUAAUAGGUGUUGUUUAUUGCAUUUACGAAUGUAGCAGGCAGUCCCUACUGCACACGAUAUUGAAGUCGGAUCUGAAUUAUAGGAUUCAACACAUUAUAUAUACAGCAUGCAGUAAGGUGCCGUGCCAUCAAAGAGAAUUUUCAAUAUCUACAUCCGGCAAAAAUAAUAUCACCGAUGUCACUCGUGUAAGAACACGAUCUCAAAACGGCCUGUCGGUAGUCGGUUGGAGACUAAAAUCUUGCGUACGAAGGACCAGGCGGCUCUUCUUACAUAACUCUAAAAGAAUACUUACCAAAUGAAAAACUAAGAAAUCAAAAACUAUUCAACUGAAGGUUUCGACACACGAUUGGUACAUUUCUUUUUGGCGCCCCGGCCUACAUAUUGACACAACAUAGAGACUUUGUCUGGGUUAACGUGAUGUGUGGUCGAAUUACCUAUUGCAUUAAGUUACCGUAAACAAAUGCAACACAUCACUAAUUAUAAUGCAAAAGCUCACGAAAUUUCCGCUCAGAAAAAUGUCUCGGUUUGAGAUGAUAUACAACCUUAGUCAAUAUUUUAGACUAGGUAAUACCUUAGCCUUUUCCUUGCCAUACAUCUUUUUGCACAUUUAAAAAGCAUAUUUGAAUCCACAAAAUUAUUAAAUUUAAAAUUUCACCAAAAAUAGAGCAUUUUAAAAUAAAUUAAACAAUAGCCACAGAAACACAGGCUUGCAUAAAAAAGGACAUUUUAAUGACAUUCGCAAUUGUUAAAAUCCCUAAUUAUAAUAUAAAUUAAAACGAAUCAACGUAAAAUUUUACGAAGUACAGUCUCGCUCAAUGAGUAGGUAUAAUAAUGAUAAUACUAUGAUGUACUUACUAUUUUCUUAUUACUGUGUAAAUUUCUAUGCAAUAAAGAUAUUACAAACAAACCAACUAUAUAACCCAGAUGAUAAAUUGCAUUUUACCUAGGGAAAAGUAGAUCUGAAUAAUUAGAACAAGGUACAAUGUACUGAACAAUCGUUAUAUUAUAAUGAGAGCUUCCGAGGUUGUGUAGAAUCUAUGUUGUGUCUUUUCUUUUUUGUGGACCAUACCGACUUAUAGUAAAGUCAUCAGCACAGAGAAUAGCCAUUUUUGUAAGAGCAUCUUAACACCGCAUCUUUAAUGUACGCAGUUAAUGCAGAUACCGUGUUUGAGUUACAUUGAGUUAUUAAAGAAAAAUAAAUAUGUAUAUAAGGUGAGUGUUGACUGCUGUAAAGGAAAACGCAGUGUUAAUACGCUCCUAUGAGUAUUUGUGUCAGUGACGAGCUGUGAAAAGAGCCUUUUUAAUGUAGACAAAUUAACUUUUGACAAUACCCAACGACCUUUGACAGACGCGAAUUCUAGGUGUACCCGCAAAUCGUCGUAGGAACAGAUAUGAAAAUAAAUGUAACAAAAUUUUCUAAAAUAUAUUUUGUUAUUUUUAAUGCUUCUUUUAAGGUAACUGUUAAUUUAUGAGGAUUUUUUAAAAUUAUGAUGAUGAAUAGACUUUAAAGAAACCACGAUUAUGUAAUUCAAUCUUGUUCAAUCUUUUCCUAUGAUAAUACCUACAUAUUGAUUAUAUUUUAUUUUUUGUAAUUCGCACAAAACAUUUUUGUUUACAAUAAUUAAGUAAAUAUACGAUACCUAUUCAUAUUCAAGAGAUACUCACACUAUUUAAAAUUAUAUGUAAAUUUAAUGAUAUAUUCCACGAAGUCGACUAAAUUAAAUAAUAUUUUGUCUGGUGUUGUAAUAAAUGUAUUUAUAUUUUUCCGAAUGAAAGAAUGUUUUAAUAUGUCUACAAUUUGAAUGUGAAUCAAAAUAUCUGUGUUCAAGAACAAUGAUGAGCUAUGAAUGUUACUGUAUAAAGAAAAAUUAUAUAUUAAAUGUUAAACUUAUAUUCCGAGUAGAUUCUGUAUUUAACUGUACAAUUUCAAUCGUGUAGUAAGUAUACCCCUCUCCAUAUUUUGUUAUAGAUUUACAUAAAAUAUUUCCAAGAAUUACUUAACAUCAUUGUAAUAUAAUGAUGCAUACUAAAUUGCACUUAUUUAUAAAUCAUAUUAAUAAAAACGAAAUCUCAGCAAAAGUGUGACAAGUACCUUUAUUCAUUAUU